GCAACGGAAGCAGGUUCUUUCUAGCUCCGGGGCCGCUGGCUCUCUGGCGCGUCCCUUGGGAACCCGCACUCAGCUCCCGGGCUGCGCCCCCCCCCCACCCCGCCCCUCUCAGUCACGAGAAGCCGCCUCCUUUCCCCGCGGGCUUCUGGCAGACAGAGCCCCUGCCCCGCGCCCCGGGCCCCUCGCCGGUCCGCCGCCCUUUAUGCGGAGCGGGCUGGGCGCUCACUUAAUCUUUAACUCGAGGCGGAACUUGGAGGCGCCCAGUGACUCCGCGGCCCCGAGCAGCUGCAGCCAAGCUGGACACGAGUCUCCGCGGUUUGCCAGACUUCUGCCUGCGCUCCUGCUCCGCUAGCUCAGUUCCCAGGAGACUCCAGGAUGAAGACGCGGUGGAAGGUGCUCUUGGGACUGCUGGGGACAGCUGCUCUUGUCACCAUCAUCACAGUGCCUGUGGUUCUUCUGAACAAAGGUGAUGAUGCUGCUAAUGACAGUCGAAGAACUUAUACUCUAAGUGACUAUUUAAAAAACACUUUUAGACUGAAGGGCUACUCCUUGCAAUGGGUUUCAGAUCACGAAUACCUCUACAAUCAAGAAAACAAUAUCUUGUUAUUCAAUGCUGAAAAUGGAAACAGCUCCAUGUUCUUGGAGAACAGUACAUUUGAUGAACUUGACUAUUCUGUAAAUGAUUAUUUCGUGUCUCCCGAUCGACAGUUUAUCCUCUUUGAGUACAACUAUGUGAAGCAAUGGAGACAUUCUUACACAGCUUCUUAUGACAUUUAUGAUGUAAAUAAGAGGCAGCUGAUUACAGAAGAGAAAAUUCCAAGCAAAAUACAGUGGGUCACAUGGUCACCAGCGGGUCAUAAAUUGGCAUAUGUGUGGAACAAUGAUGUAUAUGUUAAAAAUGAACCGAAUUUGCCCAGUCAGAGGAUCACAUGGAUUGGUAAAGAAAAUGAAAUAUAUAAUGGAAUAACUGACUGGGUCUAUGAAGAGGAAAUCUUUGGUUCUUACUCUGCUCUGUGGUGGUCUCCAAAUGGCAGUUUUUUAGCAUAUGCCCAAUUUAACGACACCGGUGUCCCACUUAUUGAAUACUCCUUUUACUAUAAUGAGUCACUACAGUACCCAAAGACUAUUCGGGUUCCAUAUCCAAAGGCUGGAGCUACGAAUCCAACUGUAAAGUUGUUUGUUGUAAAUACUGAUACCGCUAGCCCAGACAACAAUUUGACUUCUGUACAAAUCACUGCUCCUGCUUCGGUUUCGAAUGGGGAUCACUACUUGUGUGGUGUGACGUGGGUGACAAAAGAAAGGAUUUCAUUGCAGUGGCUUCGGAGGAUUCAGAACUAUUCGAUCAUGGAUAUUUGUGACUAUGAUCAACCCAAUGGACUGUGGAAUUGCUUAGUGGGACGGCAGCGCACUGAAGAGAGCACCACUGGCUGGGUUGGAAGAUUUAGGCCUGAAGAACCUCAUUUUACUUCUGAUGGUAACAGUUUCUAUAAGGUUAUCAGCAAUGAAGAUGGUUACAAGCACAUUUGUUAUUUUCAAAUAGAUACGAAAAAUUGCACAUUUAUAACCAAAGGGCCCUGGGAAGUUAUUGCAAUAGAAGCUCUUACCAAUGAUUACCUAUUCUACAUUAGUAAUGAAUAUAAAGGAAUGCCAGGAGGAAGAAAUCUUUAUAAAAUACAACUUACUGACUAUACAAAAGUGACAUGCCUUAGUUGUGACUUGAAUCCAGAAAGGUGUCAAUACUAUUCUGUAUCAUUCAGUGAUGAAGCAAAAUACUAUCAACUGAGAUGUUCUGGUCCUGAACUGCCCCUUUAUACGCUGCAUAGCAGUAAGAAUGUUGAAGUGCUGAGAGUCUUAGAAGAUAAUUCUGCUUUGAAGAAAAUGCUUCAGGACAUUCAGAUGCCCUCAAAAAAACUGGACUUCAUUACUUUGAAUGGGACAAAAUUUUGGUAUCAGAUGAUCUUGCCUCCUCAUUUUGAUAAAACCAAGAAAUAUCCUCUACUAAUAGAUGUAUAUGCAGGCCCCUGUAGUCAAAAAGCAGACGCUGUCUUCAGACUCAACUGGGCUACUUACCUUGCAAGCACGGAAAACAUUAUAGUAGCUAGCUUUGAUGGCAGAGGAAGUGGUUACCAAGGAGAUAAGAUCAUGCACCAGAUUUACAAAAGACUGGGAACAUUUGAAGUUGAAGAUCAAAUUGAAGCAGCCAGACAAUUUACAAAGAUGGGAUUUGUGGAUAGCAAACGGAUUGCAAUUUGGGGCUGGUCAUAUGGAGGAUAUGUAACCUCAAUGGUCCUGGGAGCAGGAAGUGGCGUGUUCAAGUGUGGAAUAGCUGUGGCACCUGUAUCACGGUGGGAAUACUAUGACUCAGUAUACACAGAACGUUAUAUGAACCUUCCAACUCCAGAAGACAACCUUGACCAUUACAGGAAUUCAACAGUCAUGAACAGAGCUGAAAAUUUUAAACAAGUUGAGUACCUCCUUAUUCAUGGAACAGCAGAUGAUAACGUGCACUUUCAACAGUCAGCUCAGAUCUCCAAAGCCCUGGUAGAUGCUGGCGUGGAUUUCCAGGCAAUGUGGUACACGGACGAAGACCAUGGGAUUGCCAGCAGCACAGCACAUCAGCACAUAUACACUCACAUGAGCCACUUCAUCAAGCAGUGCUUCUCUUUACCUUAGCGCCUCAAAACAGCAUCUCAUGUACAACAUUAAAAACCACUUUUGUUCUCUUACUCAGAACUUAACUGCUAAGAUGAUGUAUUAAAAAAAAUACCACUCAAUCAAGACAUUUAAAAUUACCUUUAUUCUCAAAUUUCAUCCCAAUAGCCACAAGUCAGGUUUUUUAUCUUCAGAAUGGAUUAUUACCUCACAUAAACUUGAAUUAUUCCUUCCGUUAGUAUUUAAGAUAAUUUCCACUUCAGUUGCUGAAACAACGUAUGCGAACUGUUUUUUUUUUUUUUUUUUUUUUUCUUUUUUUUUUUGUGGGAACUUUACAUAGGUUCCCAAGUAGCAUUUAUUAUUUUUUUUUCUAACUGGGCUAGUCCAAAUCUUGUUCUUUUAAAAGAAAGGCAAAAUACGGGCAGUGACGUCACUGAUACAGUGGUAAGCAGAGAGGAGAUAGGGUGAGACGCAGCAGGGCAUAGCUCCUAACCCAUGUCCAAGAAUGCCAACCUGAUCAGCCUGCUGUCAGCAUCUUCAAAGAAGAGCUGUUCACAGCCAUACUGGCAGUUUUCUAAGAAAGACGAUUCAGUCUCAGGAAAUCAUAUAUGCAAAGCACUGACUUCUGAGUAAAACCACAGCAGUUGAAUAGGCUCCAAGGUAAUGAGGGAAGCUGUCAACAAUGCAAGGCCCCCAGGUGUCAGUUCUGGCUAUAGGUGCUACAAAAACAUAGCAAGGGUGAGGGGAAAGAACUGUAAAUUUGCUUUUAAAAAGCACUGAUGUUUCCCAGUGAAAGAGGCAGCUUGGAACUGAGAUGUGAACACAUCAGCUUGCCCUGUUAAAUGAUGAAAAUAUUUGCAUUACAAAUCCUAACUUGAAGGCAUCCUUGCAUCAAUUUUUCUUAUUUCAUUUUUGAGAGUUUUAAUUGUAAUAAUGUUUUAACUUCAUUGGACUUGUUUUUUAAAGUUGAAAGUAAACUAGAAUUGUAUGCAUUACUUUUUCUAUUCUAUUUACUGGAGAAUUUCUUCUGGUCAUUUAAUAAAUGCACCUUCAUUUUUUUUCA